UCUCGCUUUCCAAGCAUUACAUCCACAGAACAGCGCGAGGUGCCCCACGCGUACGAAACCGUCCAGCCAUUCACAUUUGCGCUCAUACUUCCGACUGCGCUCAGGAUACAUGGACAACUUUUUCGUUUUGUGAAUGUCAGCAGGGAACAUCUCUGAAAUUGUAGUCACAAAAAAACUGUUCACUUCUUAACUGUGUUUUGAUACAAGUCGAAAAUGUGAUUUCUCUCAUGGGGAUAUAGCAUCGUACCAUGGUUUUGGAACCCGGCGUCUCCACCAGGACAUGGGAGUUUUGGCAUUGAUGGGUACAUGAAUCUAAGUUCCGGGGGCCCGAUGCCUGUGAUGGAGGAAGUAAAUAUCAGCAACAGUGAGAGCAACAGCAUGCCGAAGAGCAUUGCUCUCAUCUGCUUCCUGUCCCUGGUGAUGCUCAUGAGUGUCCUGGGGAACCUCCUGGUCAUGACGGCUGUCUGCAAGGACCGCCAGCUCAGAAAAAUCAAGACCAAUUACUUCAUAGUAUCGCUGGCCUUUGCAGACCUGAUGGUGUCGGUGCUGGUGAUGCCGUUUGGUGCCAUCGAGCUGAUCCACCAGAACUGGAUUUAUGGAGAAACCUUCUGCCUGGUCCGAACAUCUCUAGAUGUUCUGUUGACAACAGCCUCCAUAUUACACCUGUGUUGCAUAGCCUUGGACAGGUACUAUGCCAUCUGCUGCCAGCCGCUGGUCUACAGGAAGAAGAUGACAUCACUGAGAGUGGCUCUAAUGUUAGGAGGAUGCUGGGUAAUCCCCACCUUUAUAUCCUUUCUACCCAUUAUGCAAGGAUGGAACAGUAUUGGAAUAGACCAUUUGAUAGAGGAACGGAAGUUCAGCGGUGACGCAGUCAACGCGACGGCGUGUGUCUUCAUGGUCAACAAGCCCUACGCUCUGACGUGUUCCGUGGUGGCCUUCUACAUCCCACUGGGGUUGAUGGUGCUGGCCUACCAGCGCAUCUAUGUGACUGCACGGGAGCACGCACGCCAAAUCAGUAUGCUGCAACGGGCGGGGGCCGCCUCGGCAGACAGUGCCGACCACCAGCGCAACCACCGCAUGCGUACAGAGACCAAGGCGGCCAAGACUCUGUGCAUCAUCAUGGGCUGUUUCUGCCUGUGCUGGGCCCCUUUUUUUAUCACCAACGUGGUGGACCCCUUUAUAAACUACACAGUGCCGGGCCAGCUGUGGGCAGCAUGCCUGUGGCUGGGCUACAUUAACUCCAUGCUUAAUCCCAUUCUCUAUGCCUUCCUGAACAAGUCCUUCCGCCGUGCCUUCCUCAUCAUCCUCUGCUGUGGGAGAAAGCGUUACAGCGCCAGGCGGCCAUCCAUACUGGGGCCGGGGCCCCCUUGCUCGGCCACACAGAUCAACGGCUCCACCCAUGUGCUCAAGUAUGCUGCCCUGCAUAAUGGAAACCACAUUGAACAGGAAAAGCAGUCGUUGCAAAGAGAGGACACAGAGUCACAGGAGUCCUGCUUCUGACAACCACAGACAGAUAGACAGUCAGACAGACACCUCCCCAUGCAGGCUGAGACAGGGACUGGGUCAGAACCAUCCCUAGAGGGGGUCAUUCUAAAACAGCCUCUCCGACUGAGAGACAGCCAACACGACAACGUCUCCAGACUUCAUUCUUAGUAGCGGGAUUUGAUUAUGGACUAUUGAACACUACAAGGUGAACAAUGUUGCCAAAGCUAUUUGAUAUGAACUUGGUUUUAAGAUAUGUCCUUCCAUAUUUCCUUUGCUUAGAAAAUGAAGGAAAACACUCCAAAUCUCUCUGAUCCACUAUAGCUCCGUUAGAAGAGAGAAUGUUUCAGUAAGGCUUAGUGUCACUUAGAAUGAAGCAUUAACUUGAAAUGUUCUAAUUUAAAAAAUGUAAAGGUCUCUUAUCUCUCCCUGUCAUUGGUGCCCUGUACUCAAUCACUAGCAGCCUACUUUCUCUUGAUGUUCUGCACAAUCUUCAAAAGCCGAAAGGGAUAGAAAGUAAUUGAACACACCUACGGUAAAGUAUGAAGUAAUUCAGCUCUUGACCGACUCUUGAUGAGUAUUAUUAGCUGCUAAAAUAUAUAAAGGAUCCAUCCCUUCCCUGUCAUGACUCAUCCCUCAGAUGUAUACAAGGAUGGACCAUGCCAUAAGAUGGACAUGUUUCCAUGAAAGCUUUUAAAAAGUUCUGGUUGCUGGAGUAAUCUUGGUCACAGUAUUUUGCCUCCUACUGCUGCUGUGUGGUAGUAUACUGCCGUACUCUGUACAGUACGUGUGUGCAUACUUCAGAUCAUGUCCUCUGCUUUUUGAAGUGCCGCUCUCAACAUCACGUGUGUUUAGUCCAGUCCACAGUAACAUCCAAUGUCUUAUACAUGACUAACAGUAGCCUGUAAACAUGUGCCAGAAUGUACUCACAUUUUCAUUCAUUUUAUAUUCAUAAACAAUCAAAGGUAUCCUUGAACUGUAUACGCAGCACUUCAGUCAAUGUUUACUUGCACCUGAAAUGUAAACAUUGGCUUUUUCACUUGGUUAUUUUCCUGUGCAAUUUCAGAACAAACCAAUCCACUUGCUGAGUCCUUCAGUAGGCGACCAAUGAGGUCUAGCUCACAUAAGGUAUUCGCCACCAAAGCCAGCAUUUAAUUUUCUAUGAGUCACCAAAUAGAGGACCAGUGGUUCAGUUAAUUAUAUUUUCUGUCCAAAGCACUGGGAAUAUUUACUUUCAGUAAGCAAUGUAAAGAGAUCAACCAACAGACAUACGAACUGUAUUUUCCCCCACACAUCCAUCCUGUUAAACACACAUUCAAAACUAAAUGACCCUGUUGGUUGAACUUCCUGAUGAAAUGUCCAACCUUUGUAGAUAUCUGCUUUUGAUGGGCUAACAGUACGGUCCUCAUGUUUCUGUAAUGCAUAGAAUGUAGAUGACCAUUCAGAUGUCUCAGAGUGGGGUGUUGACGGCAGGGUCAAGUGUGUUACACAGUGUCCAGAAGCAUUAAGGCAUCAAUCAUUACAUUCGUCCCGUCUUCCUCCUUACAAAACUGAAACUUCAGUCACACACUCUUUCAUCCUGUCCUUGGAUUCAAUCGUUCCCCUGGAGAUUCAUGAGAAGUAAUAAUAACGAUUCAUUUUAUUUUAGGAAUAUUUAUACUUUUCAGGGGAAUGUUUUGACAGUUCUGCUAUUCCAGAGGGUCUUGGUCGAUACAAAUGUUCUUGUUUUUCCCUGCAGUAACUGACAGCUAAAUGUAUUUAGAAUAUAUAGGCAGAGCAUUUACAGUGCCAUACCCUCCCGCUACAGACAUCAAAACAAUGUUUUUUUGUUCGUUUUUUAAAAUUCUCCUUUUAAAAAACGAUUUCACUCACUGUGACCUCUUCCUUAAUUGAAGCACUAGCACUUUUGUAAAAUAUAGAUGAUAAUGUAAAAAGAUUAUUCCAUAGUCUUCUCAUCAGUUGACUGUCCCGAGACCAACAUGAUGUGAACCAUGAAUAGGUAUUUUGAUCACUUAAGUUAUUAACUUUCCUUUUCAUUCAUCCUGAGGAUUUAAUUUAAUUAAAUUUUUUAUUUUUGGUGAUAUAUUCAGAAAAUUCUGUUAUGUCAUUUAAAAAGAAAGAUGAAUAUAAGAGUAACUACAAUGUGUAUAAUCCAUUCUAAUUAUGUAAACAUCUUCUCAAAUGAGGCUCUGGCCCCCCAAUGGUGGAACAAACUCCCUCACGACGCCAGGACAGCGGAGUCAAUCACCACCUUCCGGAGACACCUGAAACCCCACCUCUUUAAGGAAUACCUAGGAUAGGAUAAAGUAAUCCUUCUCCCCCCCCCCCUUAAAAGACCUAGAUGCACUAUUGUAAAGUGGCUGUUCCACUGGAUGUCAUAAGGUGAAAGCACCAAUUUGUAAGUCGCUCUGGAUAAGAGCGUCUGCUAAAUGACUUAAAUGUAAAAUGUAAUGUAAAUGAUUCCGUUUGUGCGUAAGACCGUGCACUUUGUACAAACAAUGCAACAUAAUGUUUGUCCGUGAACUAUCUUAACAUUUCAUUUGUAUAUUUUAUUUUGUGUUUGUGUUUUUUAGGAAGUGAAUUCAGCCAAUGAAGCAGAUUAUGCAUCGUUCUGUCAGGCUUCUGUUUCUGAGAUUUUAAAGUUGAAAUAGUGAUGUAUUUUUCUGCAAAGAGUGUAAAAUGAGUCUGUGUCUGUUCAGUGGGCAAUUAUAAUGACUUUAUAUUCUCCAUUCCAGUAGCUCUGCUGGCCUAUCCUUCCAGCAUAGUAUAAUGGUAAAGGCUGAACAUGUAUGCUACCAUAUACUACGACUGAUGCAGUCUCAUACAGCUGUUGAUUGAGCUUUGUUAUGUUCAAGAUGUUUAUAAACCUUGUACAUCACAACAUUCUAUUGGCAGUUUUCAGUGGACGUGGCCACCAUAAUCAUUUCAGCCAAACUAAGAAGUGUGUCCCAUCAUGUUUUGUUUGUGAUAAUAGGUACAGGAUUCUGCAUACGCACUCCCCCGGGCCUGGCGGUUACCAUGACACCUGGAAUAUAAAGCUAUGUGAUCGACAUGGUACAUUAUGUGUUGGUGGUUGAAAGUCCAGAAUUACAAUACCGCCUGUAGAGAUUUAAAAAGGACAACCUCCUGUGUUAAUAACACACCUUUCAUGUUUACUAUAGUACUUUACAUGCAAGAGGUAGAUUUGAAAGGAGAACCAUCCACUAGCGCGUAUUUGACAGCUGAUAAUGGGAAGUGUGGUAAUUCAUUGUAUCUUCUGCUUUGUCCAGUAGGAGCUCCUUUUAAUCCUUUGUGGAUAACAUACACGUACGUAAAAGGUCAAAGUGAUGAUAUAUUCAAUGAUUCACCUGUUCAUUAGUGAUCAGAACCACAGGCAUCUUCUAGUCCCUGUGGUGUAUUCUAACACCCCCAGACACUGCAUACUCAGGACAUCUGAAGCCCCAUUUAUACCUGCAGCUAACAUGCAUCCUUCGUCCUGAUCUUGUCCGUUUACACUUAUAAGAUCUGAUCAAAGUCUUUGAACCGUCCAUACCUGUCUGGAAAUGUGGGUACAAUCAGAAUGUGGAGAUGAUCCGGACACAGGACGCAUGUUAACGCCUAUAAAUGGGUCUUGAGAGAGCUAUAAAUGGGUCUUGAGAGAGGCUGAGCUUUGAGGUCAGUUGUCAAGAGGCGAAAGGCAAGGGACUGCACCUCACAUAGAGCUACAAUGUAAUAGGCAGAUCAAGUCAAUCGUACAUAACUCAUCUGGGGAGAUAUUAGACAAUGAGGAAGAAAAAAAUGAAAUGUGCAGUUUCAACAAACCAUUUUUGUUUAGCCAAUUUAAAACAUACACAAAUGUUGGUACUUUUAAAUCUCAACAAAGCAUUGCCUUUUAAAAGUUGAUCUAGAUGCAACAACGUCAUAGAAAGAGUUGUGUCUCAAAGCCAUAAUUUCCCUUACGGUUUGGACAUUUUGGUUCAAUCCUUUUUCCGUUUUCGUCAUUUCGUCACCGUCACCACGACUCUUAGGGUGUCGCCUCUGAAAGCUGCCCUGAAGGCAGAGCAAGCUCACAGCAUGAAGGUGCUCUACAGUAAAUCUCCCAACAAGGUGGUUGAAGAAUAAACUUUUGUAAUAACACUCAGUAUUUCUUUUGAUGGAAGAAAGAUGGGUCACUAUUUUCAUGUACUCUGGCUUCUUCUCUGUCAGGGAGCUGUAACGUGGAUGACUUUUUCUGUUGCUAUGUGACAGCUUUAAUAAAUGAUAAUGAAUGAUAA